AUGUGUGGCCUCGUCUUGGAAAUACGAACGUAUCCUGCCCGAACAUUGCAUCUAUCAGUACCGUUAUCAGGCAGUUCUCCGUUACUCUUUUCGCGAUGUGAACUUAAAUCCGAGCCUAUUUUGGUUGAACAGGGGGAAGCUGCCCUGAACGUUUCAACGUUCCUAGUAACAGACUUAACCGAUCGGCUGAAACUUCUGAUCCAGGAGAAAAAGUUUGCCGAGGCUCGACAAUUCGCAGUUAAUUUUGGUCUUGGUACCUCCUUGGUCUCAAAAAUGGAGUUACUGGCUUGUCUUGAGAUGCUAGCAGAGAGUGCAGAGCGAUUUAGUUCACCCACUCUUGGUGACCAAUUGAAUUCGCUACUCUCCAGCUGCGAUUCAACAUGUAGAAAAGCUGUAGAACUCCUCUCUGAAAUUGAGGUGCUAGAAUCUCCUGAAGUAGUCUUGAAAUUAGCAAUCGAUGCGGUGAUACCCAGGUUAGAGUACCAAUUCAAACUUUUGGAGACAAUCACGCUUAAGGCCGUCUUAGAUACAUUGAAACGCCUAGAGGCCUUCAGCCAGUUGCACAAGUAUCGGAAACUCAGUCGCACUUCGUGGAUCAAGUUUACGUCGGCUCGAAUAACCUCCGAAUUUAUUGAGUGCUUCUCCGGCUGGGAGGAAUACAGUGACGGCUUUAAAUUGUGGAGCAUGUAUAGGACGAAUCUGAUGUCGGAGAUGAAUUUGUCUUCUGUAGAGGCUUUUCUAUCGCUCAUUUCACUUAAACCCCUCACGUCUUCUGGCGAUGGCGGAACCUCUGGUAGUAGUUUGCUUGAAGUGGAAAGCACCCUUCAUGCCUGGCUCGGCGCUGAAUUAGUUCCUUCGCUGCUCUGUAGUUGCCCGUUAGCAUUGCCAUUAGUAGCCGCGUGGUUGGUGAAUCGUGUGAAGCAGCUUGAAAAAUUGGUCAACGAUUCUGUCGCCAAUUGUCCUUUUGAGUGGCCAGGCACCGCCAUCGCCUGGGUGGAAGGUUUACUAAGCAACGCUAAGCUGACAGGUAGCAGAAGCGAGAUAACACCACAGGAGGAGGUGAACCUCCUCGUGUCUGGACUAUGUAGCCGAAGUCCUGAAGUUGACCCUUUCUACCCUCUUCGGUGCUUACUGUUUGACUUGGUGACCGUCAAGGAGCUCCUUGAAAAGUACAAUUUCAGGCUUAGCUUAGAGGAUUGUGGUAAUCUGGAUGCAAAGUCGAUCGCCAUUAAGCUGGUGGAUGUCGCUGUCACUUCACGUGGUGAAAGUGAUGAUUGCGCUCCCGUGGUGCCUCGUGUCGCCAAUUUUAUCAAGGAAAGAGGCCUGAACUCUGACAUCGUAUAUUGUGACUACUGUUACAGUAUACUGGCAGUUGAGCCAACAACACUCCUCCACUUGCCAUCGCCAUCCAAAAAUGAAACGAAGCAACUGCCUAUGCCUGAUUCGACCAUCACCGCGGAACUAAUUCAGCGCGCUUGUUUGGCUGCCUCGUGGAUCACUUCGCUUGGCUGUCGGGACCUAAACCUUCACGUAUUCCCCUGUCAUCCGCCUGGGUCAUUUAUCGCUGUGCGAAUCUUAUUGAACCCAUCUGACAUUCUCUUGGAAGCUGAAGUUCAGGCUGCCCAGUUCCUUGUAAAAGUAGCUCCGCUGCCUUGGCCCUUACAAUUACAUUCGGUUGUGGACUCGGUCCUCGCUGAUCAUUCUCUCGCUCGACGAGGAAGGGAGAAUUCUGCCUUCCGAAUCCUCUCUCGUCAAUCCAACAGAGCAAAGGCUGCCGCUAUUCUCUCGGAGUACGAAAUAGAUUUUGACGAUCGACAUCCCUCUGGCCUGACUAGAACACUGAGCGCUCUUUUGCUGCAUGCUCCUCCACCCUGGUUGAAGGCACCUCAAUUAGCAUCCUCAUUCCACUCCUGUCGCUCCAGACAAGAGGUGCACGCAGACGCUCUCAGGGUGGCUCGUCUCCUCUCCCCGGCCUCUGCCACCUACACAUUUGCUGUUGCUCACCUUCAACUUGCCAUCGGUCAGGCACUUCACGUCAGCGGUGCAUGUCCGGUCAAUAAUCGGGAGCGAGUGGACUACGUGGUGCUUACGGUGUUUAAGGAACUGCUUUCUUUGGAAAUGGCGGGGUGUCAAAAUUUUGUAGAGAAGCUGUUUGCAACUGCUUUGCGUGACCUAGCCUCAUCCUGGGCAACUAAUUGCUGUGGAACUGAGUGUUCCUCCAUCUACUUGGACCUAUUUGCUUGCAUUUCUCUGGAAGCUGUCAGAACCUGUGGUCUCCAUAGCAAUGUUGUAAAAGAAGCCAGGCAGUGUCUCAGAUACAUCCAAUUGAGUCAAAAAAUCCUUCAGCAUCACCUCACACCCGGCUUCGCCAUUUUUAGCCAACUGCAGCCACCACUCAAGAUUAGUGCUGCGUCGAUCAAGUCUCUCUUUGAACAGUGUGGUGCCACCGACCCUUUCGAACCCCGAGUCGUCUCGUUGUUUAAUCUCUUAUUACGGUGGACAAAGACCUGCAACGAGACGACAGAUGUGGACAUCCUUCUUGUCGAAGCUUGGCUGUCUGACCAACGCUCACUUAGAGCCGUUGUCAUGGCUACUAAACAAUUACUCGAAAGACUCAUGAUGAGACGUAGUGGGCUAGCGAUUAGCCAAAAUGCAUUACAGCAACUCGUUACUGAUGCGCUCCUGCCGUUUGUCAUUAAGAUGAAGGAUGAUUUGGAAUUCGAUCAGGUGGCCUCUCUGCUGGAGUGUAUACGUGCUCUACUUGAAACAGACUUGGAAUCCGGCGUAGCACUACUUUCGGAAGGUCUGCAUCUGGCUGCUGAGUAUGCUUCCAAAUUGGGUCUUGAGAUUUCUGUUUCGAUUCCUAUGGUCGGAUCCUUGACCUCGCUUUUUAGCGAAGAUCUCUACGAUGGCUCCCAGCAAUUUAGUCAGAAAUCCGAUCAGGACUCCCACAUGGAUCAAUUGAAUUCGAAUUUGCGAGGAGAUUUGGUCGAGCUCAUGUCUCGGGUGCUGUGCGAGUACGUUUCCCAGUGGAUGAGUUUCUCCCUUGCCCGACUGUUUUCAGCCACGCGCCUCGACCUGCCACUUGCCUUUGGCCUCGCCGUCUGCUUACCCCUCACUACGAGUAGUUCCCAACUCCGCCAAAUCGUUGCAGCUAAUCCUCGAGCUGCCAAUAAAACACAGGUUGUGGCGUCGAUGAUAUUCAAGGCGGCCAACCUGCUUCCAUCUGAUGGAUCACCACAACUGAUAGAAAUGGCUCGCGGACUUUCUGUAAAUGCGAAAUGGGACGCUGCUUUGCGUGUCUAUGGGCUACGCUUAAGCAGACGCGACCCCCGCCCAGAUGUCGUACUGGGGCACUUGCUCGAAAUCGUGCCUUUGUCGUGUUCCCUCACCGCCACUCAACAGCCUCCGCUCUGUAGUACCUUUUCAACCCCGAAGCCCGUGCCUCCUGUGAUUGAAAUUGUUGAAUUCUGUCGGGAUUUUAACCUAGAUCCUCGACAGUCACUGCUGCAGCAUUUAAAAAUUCUUCUGGAAUCACCUUUUCCGGACAAGCUAAGUGUUUGUGGAGAUGGAUUGAAGUGUUUCAGGGAGUACUCUCUGGCGAAAUUGAGUCGUGCUGCUGAGAUUCAUAAGGCCCUUCUUAACUUCGCGUCCCUCGAUCGCGCUUUCGAGGAAGAGGUCCUUGUCGUCCUCCUCAAGCUCCUUUUCGCAAAAACCUCGCCAUACGACUACGAGCAACUCCGCUUUCUCCUCAACGCCAUUAGUUGCUCGGAGGAUAUGGAUCAAGCUCCUAAGAUGUAUAGCCUUCUUACAUUUCUCCGGCGCUAUAAGCUCCAACACGAUCCGAGUGGGUAUUCUCAUGAGAAAAGUCCUGGUUCAGCAUCUAUCGAAGAUCUUUCUGAUACCAGUGGGUACAUUUUGCAGAAGUACCGUCUUCCGUUCCACCCACUUUGCAGCUCAUCGGGAUUUCCUUACAUAAGCAAUGAAAUCAAUCGGGCAAACAUGUACAAGUGGCUCAAGUUGGAUGGCAUCAUGAAGUGGGGCCUCUCUGAUAGCAUCCGCAUCGCUGUGGUAUCGAAUGGCUUUAGGAGUCUCCAGAAGCUUGGAGUUUUGCGCUUAAUGCCUCAAAAGAUCACUCCAGCUGCUGCUCCAGGGCUCGGCCGGUUUUUCUCCUACACUGUUCCCGCCUCCUCUGCACCCCCCGAAUCUUGGAAAGAGGCGUUAGCCUGUAGAUCGGUCAUACGCAGUUUCCUAACCAGUGCUUAUCAUACUCUCCUUCCGGUUGCAAAUCGAAUGAGCGUUCUUGGGUUCCUCGGAGCGAUGUUUGCACGCCUCAGGGACGGAUCUGUAAAACUGCUCUUCCUUGCCAUGGUGACGCAACUUAUGAGCAGUUGGGUAGCCAGUGACAGCGUCUGUAGCAGUGAUGCAAACUCGCAUUCGUCCACUGGCAGUGAUGGUGGAAUCUCCUUGUGCGGCUCGGUCGGAUCCGCUGACAACUGCUCUCUUAUAAUCAAAAAGGCCCUGGAAGAAGCUAAUUCAUGCCGGCGAAGCCUGGCUGUUGAAGCUUGCCUUCAUCGCUUCAGCAUCACCAGACUUUGGCCCAACAUCCUCGAGAGAGCCUCGUCAUCUGCGGUACUGGUUGAACUGCUACUAAGCAAGUCCUGUCUGGUCUACACUUCGAGUGAACAGGAACAAGCCUUAGCCAACCAUCGACGAGCGGAGGUGUUGGCAAUGCUGCGGGCCGCUUUGCUCGAGCUCUUCUCAUUGCAAGAAAUUGACUUUGAGCAGUGGGCACGUCAGUUUAUAUGGCAGCAAUUACGUCUACCCAAGUCAAUUCGUCCAGCCACGUGGUCGGAGACAGUACGGCCUGGUUGUGACAUCGAGGCGAUCGAUCUGAACUCUACUGCCAUUGUCUUCGACCUCAACAGCUCAGCUCUCCUUCCCAGUGAACAGGCUGAUUUAUCAGUUAACAUUACCAUGGCCUCGCCAAAUAUUCUCAGUCCGCAACAGUCGAAACAUUGCCUCACUGCUCCUGACGCAGAACCGGUGGAGAACGACUUCGUUCUUGCAGAAUUCAUCGCAACUACAUCCACCUCUGCAAAAGAAGAAAUCACUCGCGUUCUCUCGGCGUACUUCCUUCCUCGUUCUCCUUCUCCUGAAGUACUGCGUUCCCUCGAUGCUCGAGAGGUGAAGAAAAGAUGGCGCGCCGCCAGACUCGUUCUUCGAUGUCAAAAGUUGCCACUGACUGAGGAUGCAACUGCGGCAUAUCUCCUUGCGCUAGCAACUCUAGCUAGGCGGAACUAA